CCACAUUAAGAGCCCUGUGUGCCUUGUCUCCAGGGGCUUGCUCACUCUCCUCGGAACACUCCCGGGCAGUGCGUGUGUCCUGCCCUUGUAGGCUUGACGUGGAACAGCCGUGGCUGCUCAGCCCCGGGUGCCCUUGAACCUGCGCUCCUGGCUCACACCACCUUCCCUCUGAAGCCGUGUCUGCAAAGGUCUCCAGGAUGAAAAGAAACACACAGAGCGCCGCUCAGCCGAGUCCUAGUCCUGACGGCGAAGCCUUGCUUUUGAGGCGGAAGCACAGAUUGCUACAAGUCAGAGAAAAAGGAGACCUUGCUCUGCAGAGAAGACAAGAUCUCAAGUGGUGGAAAAGUCACUUGGCCGAGGAGUUGGGGGCAGAGUGGGAGGGGGUCCCCAGCCGGCAAGUCCGAGGCCUGGAAAGGCUGUAUUUAGGGCAUCUCUUAGGUCUGGGAGGAGGGCAGACCAAGGAUCGUGGACUCCACCUGGAGCUGCUGGCCCAGCGAGGAGCAGCCUCGCCGCCAAGGGCCGGGGACAGGCACAGAGCGGCCGUCAGAGAAGAGAAGAGUCGCAGAGAAGAGCUGAUGAGACAGCAGCCCUGCCACAGCAGGCCCCCGAGGAAAGCAGUGGGCGUGGAGAAGCAGGGAACCACCAAGGCCAUGGGCCUGACUCAUCCGCCCCCGAGCCCCCCAGGGAAGCAUAAGGGGGAACGAGCACCGCCAACCAAGACCGGCGGUGGCCGCCGUGCCGUGGACCCUCGAGUGAGCCGAGGCCUGGACGUGGAAACGCUCUUGGCUGUGGCCGGUGAGCCCAAGCACCUGGAGGACAGGGAGAAAGACGUCUCCCGAGAGGGGAGGAGGCAGCUGGGGAAGGGGACGGCUCGUCUCCUUCAAGACCUUCGAGACAGCUCCGUGACUGAGAGCCCCGAGGGCAGAGCGGGCGACCUGGAACAGUGGUGGCCGCCCGGCUCGCCCCGCGGACCGGGAGCCGCACCACAGGCCGCCCGGUGCGAGUGCCGUGAGAAGAGCAGGUGGAAGCGAGAGCUUGAGUUUGCCUUUGAAGAGUUAUUUAACACAAACAGGAAGCUGAAAAAACACCUGAGCUUGUACCUUGAACCCAGGCCCGGGGUGGGUCAGCACCCCAGGGAAGAACAGGGCUUCUCGGAGAUGCAGGGACAGAGAGGGGAGACCCAGAGAGAGAAGAAAAGCAUCCACGCAGAAACGGAAAUGGUGCCUGCCGGGGACUCCGUGAGUCCAGCAGAGGUGGACGCCCACCACACAUCAUCCAAAACCAAUUUGGAAAAGUUAUUAAGCAAGCUUGAGAACCAAAAAUACCGUCUAAUGGCCAAGCCCGCAUUUAAGAGUGAGAGUAGACUAUCUUCUUCCGAGGCAGGAACACCCGGCAGUGAAGCGAGGCCGCUCCCGUGCACCACAGGACCCAGACAAGAAGCGCCCAGACCGGACACACUGGUGGAGGGCUCCCUAGAAGGCCAGGCAGGCAGGGUUGGCUUGGUGGCGUCACGGCAAAAGCAGAAACUGGAGAUGGAGCAGACAAGACAAAAGCAGCUGGAAUUGCUUGAACCCACUGGACUCCCAAAGAUGAGCUUGGAAGCUCACUCCCAGGCCGUCCUAGAAGAUGAGAGACGGGCGCAGGCACGAGCUUGUCUGGCUUGUCUGAAGUCUCACUCCUCUCGAGACCAGGAGGAGGAAGGAGGGGAUGAGCCCGGUGCCACUUCCGCCUUGGCCGCCAGCACCGCUGACGACGACAGGCACAGUCAGAUGAUCCGUGGCCUUGAACAGCAAAUUUUAGAGCAGAACCAGUCGCACAAGCAGUUUCUUGAAGAAGCCAGGAAGCGCUUGCAAGAGUUUCAGAGAAUAUGUUAAAAGGGAGAGUCCCACCCGUGAUAAAUACAUCGCUGAUGCCCGGGCGUUAUGCCGGAAGUGGUCUCUGAGUCUGUGAGAUGUGUCUUUGCGACUUUGGCUCGGAAACCAGUCGGCCUUUUAAAAUGGGUCAUCCAUCGUCCUGCCAUCCUUUGGGCCAAGUUCCUCUGCAGGAAUUGUACUAUUCUCUAAUCUUGCCUUUAAAACUAAGUCCUAUUUAGGAAGGCUUCUUAGCACAAAAACAGGAGCCCACGUGGGGCGCAGUAAGUGCGUCUGGCCAGCGUAGCACAAAGGGUGUCCCUGAGCCAAGCUGUUUUCAUGUGCCACGAGCACAGAUGGAAACUCCAGGUAAAUUAAGCACUUAAGAUGUUUUAGCCAGAAAAACACUAGACUUUCGGGGCAUCCAAGGUCAGACAGGCACAAUGUCAAAAGAGACGUCGCUUGUUGCUCAGCCGCCAGCUGAGACGCUAAUGGAGAGAUUUAGUGAAAACCUCUCCUGGUCUUUCAAACCAACAAAACCAACAUCAUCUAAUAGGACAUCGCUUAGUAAUGUUCUUGUCGCUUUAAUAUUAGAAAGCAGGAGGGGGAGAGAGAAAGUGUUUCCUGGCAACCCAGUGCCAAGAGGUGACUCCCUCAGGGGCUGGCACUGGUGGGGGGACCUGGGUGUCUGGUCAGUUUCCUGCCCCCGACCUUUACCUCUGACUUGGCAGCCACGGAGAGCCUACACUGGGUGGAGUUUUAUCUGCCAAUUGCAUACUUAGGGACUGGGAGAGGGGUGGACAAACUUUUUUCUGCAAAAGAGCCAGGUAGUACAUACUUCAGGCUUUGCCAGCCAUAUGGUCUCUGUGGCAACUUCUCACCCCUGCCAUUGCCACUCAAAGGCAGCUGCAGAUGAUACACAUAUGAAUGGGCGCGGCCAAGUCCAAGACUUUAUUUACAAAAAUAGGUGGGGGCUGGAUUUGGCCCUCCAGCCAUAGUUAGAUGACCCCUCAACUAGCAUAUCAAGGAGGUGGU